UUGAACAAGUUGAGAACACUUUAAUUUGUCACUUCUUCCAUGGGUGUGGGUCUCUAAAAUAUCACAACCUUGUAUCAAAUUUUGCGUGGUAAUCUAACAUCCUCUGAAUUUUCUCUCUUCCUAAAAGGGCAAAUAAACGAGUUUUUUACUCAAACUUUGGAAUUUUAGACCAUUUUUGAACUUCACUGUCUUAUGAAUUUGAUUUUAGAGCUGAAAGAAAGCUUUAAACGUGGGUAAUAAUGGCGAAUUUCACCAUUAAACUUCAUAAAGCUUGCAACUUUACUACUCAAAAACCAAGAAACAAAAAUUACCAAAUACCAAUUCUUGUUCAACACCCUCAGAAUUUCUUACACCAAUUUCCCACAAAAACCCAUUUGAAAUUGAGAUUGUUUCCUAGUUUUAAGAAUAGAGAAAUUGAAUGUUUGGGCAAAAGGGUAUGCAGUACUAUCACUAGAUUAAGAGUAGAGGAUGAUGUUGAUCAAUCACUACCAUUGGUUGAUGAAAUUGAGCACAAUAGCAGUGAGAAGGAGGAGGGUGUUGAAUGGAAUUGGCCACCUUGGAAGAAAUUGCCUCAAAGAUAUAAGCUCAUUGGCACCACUUCCUUAGCUUUUGUCAUUUGUAAUAUGGAUAAGGUGAACUUGAGUGUGGCUAUAAUUCCAAUGUCACACCAGUUUGGGUGGAAUUCAUCAGUGGCUGGAUUGGUGCAAUCAUCUUUCUUUUGGGGUUACGCACUGAGUCAGUUGCCAGGAGGAUGGCUUGCAAAAAUAUAUGGAGGCAGGCAAGUUCUUGCAUUUGGAGUCUUGACUUGGUCGUUGGCUACAGCAUUCAUUCCUGUUCUAGCUGGAUACAUGCCAGGACUAGUUUUGUCUAGAAUAUUGGUUGGAAUAGGUGAAGGUGUUUCACCAUCGGCUGCCACAGAUCUGAUUGCCAGAUCCAUACCUGUGGAGGAGAGAUCACGAGCUGUUGCAUUUGUUUUCGGUGGACUAAGUGUAGGAAGUGUAGCCGGGCUUCUCUUGGCUCCUCCACUUAUUCAAAAUUUUGGCUGGGAAUCUGUAUUUUACCUAUUUGGUCUAUUAGGAGUAACUUGGUUUUUGGGAUUUCAGUAUAUUGAAGGAGGAGAGACUAAGUCAGCUGCUUCCACUAUUCCUAGUGUAGAGUCUACAUCAAAUAAGAAAUCAUGGUUAGAUUCCUUGGAGGAGCAAAACAGCUCAUUGAAGGAUGUUCCAUGGAAAGCAUUUUUCCGAAGUCCAGCUAUUUGGGCUAUGAUUUAUGCUCAUUUUUGUGGAAGCUGGGGGCACUAUACUUGCCUAUCAUGGCUGCCUACUUACUUUAGUGAGGAACUAAAUCUUAAUUUGACUGAAGCUGCAGGGGUUGCUGUACUUCCUCCAUUGGCUUCAGUUAUUACCACCAACCUUGCCGCACAAUUUGCUGAUAAUUUGAUUUCUCGUGGAGUUGAGACAACCACAGUAAGAAAGAUUUGCCAAGCUAUAUCCUUUCUCUCCCCUGCUUUCUGCAUGACUCUCUCCUCGUUAGAUUUAGGGUUACCACCUUGGGAAGUUGUGGGGCUACUAACUGGUGGUUUAGCCCUCUCAAGUUUUGCUUUGUCCGGGCUCUAUUGCACGCAUCAAGAUAUUUCACGUGAAUAUGCAAGUGUGCUUCUGGGUAUAACGAAUACUGUUGGGGCAGUACCGGGCAUUGUUGGUGUGGCUCUCACGGGUUAUCUACUCGAUUCAACUCAUUCAUGGAGUAUUGCACUAUUCGCACCCUCGAUCUUCUUCUACUUGACGGGCACUGUAGUUUGGUUGGCAUUUGCGAGCAGCAAACCUCAAAAUUUUUCCAAAUUAGAGUAGACACCAUUUAGCGAAAUUCAUUUCUUACUCUAUUUUCACAUUGUAAAUGGCCUACAUAAUAUUUCCUGUCUGUAAUUAUAUGAAGGAAUAGUAUCUGAAUUCUUUCACAUAGGAGAUAAUCAGAAAUGUAUUGAAUGUUUGAAUGUACCAAAGCAUUAAUAAUUACAAAGUAGAAUUUUGAUUAAUACUAACUACAUUUCCUUGAAUGUGUGUUCCUAGUUGAUUGUUUUUUAAACUGCCAUUAACAUGGGAGUAAAUUUUGUACUAAUGGUCUUUUCUGAAGAACUUUAAAUUUCAAGGGUA